AUGUAUGUAGUUUUGGCUUUGGCAGUUUUCUUUUAUAUCGCCUAUCGUCUAUAUUUACACUUUUUCCCACCACCUGACAUCAAUCCAUCUGGUAAAUAUGUCCUAAUUAGUGGAUGUGACAGUGGAUUUGGUCAUGAAUUAGCGAUCCAACUUGAUCGAAAAGGUAUUCAUGUAUUAGCUGGCGUUUAUCUUUCGGAAAAUAAAUCAAAACUUCAGAAUGAAUUAUCGGCAAAUGCAACAGUCUUCCAUCUUGAUAUUACCAAACAACAGGAUAUUGAUGCCACUUAUGAUUUAGUACGAAAGAAAACCAAUACACUUCAUGCGAUUGUUAAUAACGCUGGUAUCGGAAUACCCGGUUACAUCGAUUGGACCUCGUUGGAACUGAUGCGGCAAACAAUGGAUGUGAACUUUUUCGGACACGUGGCUAUGACGAAAGCAUUUUUACCGUUGUUGAUUAGUAAACGUUAUUCACGCGUGGUAAAUAUCACUUCAAUUGCUGGUAUAGUAGCAGCGGGAAACAUGGCGGCUUAUUCGGCGUCCAAAUUUGCAUUAGAAGCAUUUUCUGACUGUCUUCGUCGAGAAAUGACACCAUGGGGUUUACAUGUUAGUAUUAUCGAACCAGGCUUUAUGCGAACACCUAUCGUUCAAGAUCUCAAUAAAACAUUUGAUGAUUUUUGUAACAAAUUAUCCACCGAUGCUCAAGAACGAUGGGGAAAAGAUUAUCUUAAAGAACAUUUUCAAGGUAGAGCUGUUAAUCUGUUCAUUAAAUAUGCAGAAGAUCCAAUGAAAGUUGUACGAGCUCUCGAACACGCUGUUACGAGUACAAAACCAUCUAUUCGCUAUCGACCGGGCUGGCAAGCUACUUUCAUCUUCUUUCCGUUGUCAUGCGUACCGGCAUGUGUGCUCGAUGGUAUUUUAAAUUAUAUGAACAAAUCACGGCUUCUUCCUGCAUUUGUCGAUAAACAGCUGAAAGAUUAA